AGCGGUUGUCCCGUCACCGUCUCGCCAGAGAACCUUUUUUAUUCAGUGUUCUGUGCGGUGAAUUAUACGAAAUAAGGAAGCUUCGAAAUCGGAAACGCGAAAUGUUUUAUAAAUUGUUCUUAAUUAUCUAAUGUGCAAGAAAAUUUGCGUCUAGUGGUUGCUUAAUUUUGUGUAUGUAAAAAGGAUGCAAAUAAAUAACUGAAAAGAAAAACGUGCAAUACAUAAAACAUACAUACGUAUGUAUGUGUGUGUUUGUAUGAGUGUGUGCAAGCAAAGCAAUAGUUGAAGAAAGGCAGACACAUAAACAUAAGGAGAACGCGCCUGCCAAUUGAACGUAGUGCAACGAACCCGAGCCCGAACCCGAACCCUUCGCUCAAAACGGGGGUUGUGUACGCGCUGCAGCCCAGCCAACCCCCUGCCCACUCAGCUGACCGACUGACUCAUCCAUCUUCAUCCUCCUCAGCGGGCAGCAAAGCUGGCGCUGCGACUCCGGUCGCUCGCGGUGCGUAGCCAAGAAUAAAUAAAAAAAAACGUGAAAAAAACAACAACAAACUACUCAAAGCUAGAUUUACAGCUAAAUCUUCACGUAACGUAACGCAACGCAACGCAACGUACUGUAUUCUAUCGUAUUUGUAUAUCGUAUCGUAUCCCCAUGCGCAUCAAUUUCGCCUUAGCUUACGGCACAAACACACGCACACAGCUACAGAAAAUAAAGGAGCAGCAAAUUUAUUGAUUUUGCUUUCUACAUUCAUCUUAUCGCAACCAUUACGAAUUGCAAGCGCAAAGUAAACCGAGCAAAAACAAUUGGAUCUGCGUUUAAAUUACAAACGAAAAAAGUCAAUCUCAAAUGAAUUUCACAAGCCAAGCGAACUGUGUUUGCCAGCAUAAACAGUCGAAGGAAAAGCAGCAGCUGCAUCAUCCACCCACGCUUAUCAAGAGCCACACCUGCGCCUAUCAGCUGCAGGACUUAGCUGGCUAUAAUCGCGCACUGAUGCCGCCGCUGGACAAUACAGACUUUAGCAGCGCCUGGCGUUAUGUCAACAACAACAGCAGCAGCACGCUCUGCAACUACCAUCAGCAGCAGCAGCCACAUCAUUGGGCCAAAGCCAAGCAGCGUCUAUAUCAUCACAACACCUGCCCGCGCCAAAAGAAAUUAGCAACGCCCACACACACGCCCACAGCCACGCCCACAUCGACGUUAAGCCGACAGCAGCGACGUUCACGCUCCACAUCCUCCUCGGCUGGCAAGCAGCGUCGCAACAGCUCCUAUCAUUCCUACGAUGAUCUGGACACCUCAUCGAACGCGGUGGCCAAUGCGGAACGCAAAGUCGUCGCCAGCCUCAAGUAUCUGUGCGCCUGCACAGGCGCCACACUGCGCAAUCUGUCCAAGAAGACGAAAGAUCUGCAUGCCAAAAAAUAUACCUACACCAAGCCCACGUGGCGCCUGUGGGGCGAGGAGCACGAGAAGAAUGCAAUUUUCACUGUCUACCUGAAGAAGGUGCGCUAUCAUCGACCAACGCCCACGGCUAGCAAUCAAGACUCGGAUGAUGAAAUUUCUCAUCUGGAGUGGGAGACGGUGCGUGUGCGAUUUGUCAAGGCAGCCACAUUGGCGCGCCUUGUGGAGGCCUUGGCCACCGAUGAUGGUGAAUUGGAGUCGACGUUUAUCAAUGUUUUCCUGUCCACGUAUCGCACCUUCUCGACGCCGAAACAGGUGCUCAGUCUGCUGACCCAGCGCUACGAUGCGCUGCAUGAGAAGCACGUCGAGGAGCUGGAGUUGGCGCAACAGAAUGGCAGCCAAGAAGAGGAUACCAGCUAUGAUUCGCCUGCCUCCAUACAUGAGCAGCACAAGAAAACUCUAGUCUCCGCGCUGCAUGUAUGGCUGGAUGGCUUUCCCGAGGAUUGGCAUGAGGAUAAUUUGCAGCAGAUUCUGGCAUUUGCUAGCAAGCGCCUCAAGCGCUCCGAUUUGCAUAUCAAAGUGCUGAAUCGCUUGGAGCGUUUGCUCAGGCAGCAGGUCUAUGGAGGAGGCGGUGGCGGCGGAGGUGCUAGCCAUCAUGGCGAUGGCUCUGGCCUGCCUUGGCUGGCGACGCAAACGUCGGGGCAGGCGCAGUUCAUGAUGCACACACCGUGCGGCUCCCAAUACGAUUUGAGCGAGCAAUUUAGUGGCCUCUACUUGGCGCCCAUGUACCGGGGACCCACGCACUUUAUGCAGGCCUUUCGCUUUCCUCAUGUGCCCGUCCGUCACUUUGCCGAGCAGCUCACCCGCAUGGACACAGAGCUCUUCAAGCGUCUGAUACCGCAUCAGUGCUUGGGGCAUACGUGGGCUAGGCGGGACAGUGGCGGCUCCGAAACGGUGGUUGCCACCAUCAAUCAGUUCAAUGCGGUGCUGUUUCGCGUUGUCUCCAGCAUACUCAUCGAUCGGCUGAAGCCACAGGAACGCGCCUUGAACAUCUCACGCUGGAUUGAUAUAGCGCAGGAGUUGCGCAUGCUCAAAAACUUCAGCUCCUUGAAGGCCAUUAUUUCCGGACUCAAUUCCAAUUCCAUUUACCGACUGUCCAAGGUCUGGGAGUUUUUGCCCAAAGAGCGCAUGGAAAUCUUUACGGAACUCGCACGCAUUUGCUCGGAAGACAACAAUGCCUGGACUUUGCGUGAGGUGUUGAAGCGCGAGGGCACAGCCAAGAAUCCAGAUCCGGCUGGCGAUCAAACGGAUCGUCAUUUACAGAAGCUCAUACAGAACCUGGGCACACAGACGUCGCAUGGCACGAUACCAUAUCUGGGCACAUUUCUCACAGAUCUGACCAUGAUACACACGGCCAAUCCGGACUAUCUGACUGAGGACAAGCUGAUCAACUUUGACAAGAAGCGCAAGGAGUUUGAGGUGCUGGCCCAGAUCAAGCUGCUGCAAGGCGCUGCCAACACUUACAAUCUGCACGAGGAUGCGCUCUUCGAUCAUUGGUUCGGCUCGAUGCCUUUGCUGGACGAGCGGCAGGCGUUUGCUCUCAGCUGCCAGCUGGAGCCACCGCCGCCAGCGCCGCGUAAAUCGGUGGCCAGCACGAAUACGUCGCUAACGAAUACGACGGCCUCGUCCACGGCCUCGAUUAUGGGCAGCGCUGGACACGGCCAUCGCAAGACUGACUCCAUACACUCCAAUUCGAGCAGCGGGGCUGGCUCGCAGUUCUACUGUGAGCUGAAUAGCAGCACCAGCUCCAGGCACAAUUCGCUCGACAGGGAUGCGCAUCAUGCCUCGCUGAUGUCCGCCUCGAGCAGCACCUCCAAUCUAUCCAUGGACUCCAGCAAUUCAGGCGGACGGCAAUCGGCCCACAGCAAGCUAACCCACUCCCAAUCGCUGGGCAACGGACUGAAGAAUGCUGCGCUGAUUAAUGGCACCACCAACGGUGGCUCCCCACACAAUCACAUCAAUGCACAGCUGGUGCAGCCGGCUGGUGUGACCACCCAAUCCGCACCGGAUUUCUACAUCAUCCGAGUGACCUACGAGACGGACAACAUUGAGCUGGACGGCAUCGUGCUGUACAAGAGCAUAAUGCUGGGCAACAAUGAGCGUACGCCACAGGUCAUCAGGAAUGCGAUGCUCAAGCUCGGCUUGGAGGACGAUCCGGAUCGUUUUACGCUUGCCCAGGUGCUGCCCGACAAGGAGCUGGUUAUGCCAAAGACAGCGAAUGUCUACUAUGCCGUGAAUACCAAUUAUAAUCUUAAUUUUAUACUGCGACCACGCAAGGACGAAGCUGGCAACGGGGGCAGCUAGUCCACACUGGUGCCCCUGUCCCAGUUGUGGUGCUUGGGAUAUGAGGGCGAGGAGUAGAGUACAUAAACCGAUUCCCGCUUGUAUAUAGUAUAUAGAAACACGAUUCGCACAUGACAAAACAAGUUUGUUUUUAGAUAAUAGUGUCUUAAUUUAUUUAUUACAGCAAUCUCUCUCACAACUGAUCGAUAGCAGAGCUUUUAGCUAUCGAUUAACCCGUCAAUUAGCUCGUAGUACAACUCUCAACUUUUGUAAUCUCCAUUCAAAAUCCGUUUAUCACGCACACAUACACAUACUCUAUAUAUAUAUACAUAUA